AUGCAUACAUCCCAAGAGUUGCGUCAAGGACAACAUGCUCAUUUCCUCCUCACCUCGUCACAUCACAUGCCCGGGCAAUACAAUAUGCGCCAACGGGAAUUGCAACUCGAGAAUUUCCAUGACCAAGGUGGGAUGGAAGGGUUUGGCAUGCUGCCGUACGGUUCCUUGCCUCAAAAUACCAUUCAGAACGGUGCUGUUCUUGGUGUAGGUCAGGGACCCGGAAAUGCCGAGCCAAGAUAUACUGCACCAACUGCAACUGCACUCGCUGCCCGCGCCUAUCCAACAGGCGCUUUCCAAUUUGGACAGCAGCUUGGUAACUCCUCCCAAGGCUCAAAUACGAGCCCUGAUUCUAUGUCGAAUACCCAGCAGCCAUUCGAUACUGCUUUCAAUUUCGUGUCUGCAUCCAAUCCAGCAGGCACAAGAAUCACCGAGGGUGUUUCGCCCCAUGAGCAAUAUCACCAACAGAUGCAAUCCUCUCAACACGGACAGGACUAUCUUAAUACAGGUGGACACGCGCCGCAGCAUAAACGGCGUCGCGAAGACACUGGGCUUGAAAUGUUUACGUCGCCAGAUGCGUCAGGGUCUGGCGACGAAGACGGAGAUUUCGGAGGUGGAUAUGGCUAUGCCUCUUUUGGAAAUUACAAUGGAGGACUUGCUCAAGGAGGAAUGGGUUUGCAAUCACCCGAAAUGCUUUCUCAAGUUCAUCAGGGUCUAGGCUCUGAUAGCCAGGGUACACGCUUUCCACCGAAUGCGGAUCAAAGAGGCGGCCAAGCCCAACAGUUGGGGCCAGAUGGCAAGCCGAAACCUGUACACAGGGCUGCUUGCGUGCGCUGUAAAAACUUGAAGGUGCGCUGUGAGUUCCCAACCGACCCGAACACGUGCCGUCGCUGUCUCAACGGUGGCCAUGAAUGCGCUAUUCCCGGUAGAAAAAAGAGAAGGCAGCCUCCGAAACGUGAGCACUUGCUGAACCAGAUAAGGGAUCAGGCACAGCAAAUAGACAAACUCAUGCAGCAACUCGAGGAACAUCGACGUGCUCGCCUCAAUGAACCGGCCCGCCUGUCACUAUCUAACACUCCGCUUGGCGUGUCCGGUACAACACCAGGUGCUGGCCGAGCAUCCUCGUCUUUCGUUCCCGGAGGUGUGCCCAGACCAGAUGUACAGGCAUGGAUUGAACGCGCUCGGGAAUCCAUUCAAGCAAUCGGCGCUUUCGUUGAGGGUGAGGAAGACAUCGAAGAAGAAAGGGAGGAUGAGGAUGGUGAUGACGCAUACGAGGUCGACGACGAACAAAACGACGAACAGACAUGGAGAGAACCUAAUGGCGAGCACGACACAGAUACGGACGGUAGCAUCGCUAUCGAAGGACCAGAUGGCACAGAAGUCGAGGAAGACAGAAGCUCGAUGCGACAUGUUUCACCAGCUACGACCGUUCGAAGUGCAUCUCGCGAGGGUUCGGCGCAGCCCCGUAGGCGUGGAAGUCGACGUAAGACACCGCAACCUCUUCCUGCGACGCUUCCUUCGACCUCGGCCGCCCCGAUGCGGUUAAUUGCGGGCCUUAGUCUGAGCACUACCGUUCGGCAUGGGAGCAAGAGUCCGAAGAGUGCAACUACUCAGGCGAUGAGCAACCAUAGCAGAGAAAGUAGCAUCGAACUCGAUCUUCCAAGUGCCUCGGCAGCUAGCUCAUCGCCAAAAUCUUCUGGCAGGAGCACAGAGAAACCUCAGACUAAUGGACAGGAGGCCGGUGCUGAAAUGCAGGACGAAACAACGCAGGAGUCGAAGAAAGACGGAGAGUAUGGUGCUGUUGCACCAGGAUUUUUCAAACCACGACGCGGUAGUUUGCCGGAUAGUUCACGUUUAGCUCCCGCGAGGCACCCCGUUCCUCACAUUCUCAUGCGCGGCAUCGUUACUCCUCAAGAGGUCGAGAUCCUGUUCAAAAUUUACUUUGAUAAGAUGAACUUGUCUUGUUCCCUUCUCGACCCAGUCCUUUGCACUGCGCAGAGGACGUACUGGCGCUCACCUUUCUUGUUCACUGUCAUUUGUGCUGUUGCUUCUCGCUAUUACCCCGACCAUCCUGGUCUUUAUGAGGAGUUAAUAACGUAUGCCCAGCUUGCAGCAGGAACCGCAUUGAUCAGCGGCCCGAAGACCGUUGAAACUGUUGCAGCGUAUAUCUUGUUGAGCUUGUACCCGGCCCCUAUGCGGAGAUGGGAAGAGGAUCGUACAUGGCUCUAUCUCGGCUUGGCGAUUCGCGUUGCCACGGAUCUGAACUUGCAUCAUCCGACUUCCACGAAGCCUCGUAAUGAGUUGCAUGAACGCGCACUACUGAACCGGACGCGGAUAUGGCUCAAUUGCUGCAACCUUGACAUAUCGACGUCAAGUUGGCAUGGGAAAUCAAGCACAAUCCCAUCGAAAGAUUACAUUGCGAGUCAUUCUGAGAACUGGUACGAGACGUCGCAGUACAACUUGCCGAAUUUCGACAUUCAGUUAUGUGGAUACAACUACGAGCUCCGACUGAUGCGCGCAUUUAAGGAGAAAAUCUACAACAACCCAAAUCACCCAACGGGCCUGAAUAAGGACGUUGAUUUUAUUAGCCUUUCAUCGGAGACGGACCAACAGCUCGUGGACAAAGAGCAGGAAUGGAACGAGCGUCUUCGUGAAAAAGUAGAUCCUGAGGAUCCGCAAGGGAGAUUCAGGAAUAGCUUGGUCAAGCUUGCGUAUCGUUACGGUCGACUUACCGUUUUGUCCUUCGGAUUCCAACAUUCCUUUGGAAAGGGCAGUCCUGGUAAUCCGGAACAACUAUCGUUUUUCGACCGUUGCUAUCGCGCAGCGGCGGAUGUUUGCCGCGUUUUCAUUGACGAGCUGUCAACACAAAAGGAGUACAUCCGACAUGGCCCUGAAGCACAAUGCGUCUUCGUGACGUUUGCAUCUGCAUUCCUUAUCAAGCUCUUACAUCCCAAAUAUGCUUUCUAUCUGAGACUGGAACAGCGGAAAGAGAUCGAGAGUCUCGUACGUGGGAUUAUCGACUUACUCAGCUCGCCAGAGGUAGUAGUCGACGACAGACAUAGUCCAAAGCUGUGGUCAAGCUUCCUCGACGGACUCCUUAACACGCCCAUGGCAAAGGUAGAGCUUUCCCCGAGCGCAAUGAAGGGUGGACAUUCACUUCCACGUCGUCCGGGGCGCAAACCGACUACUCAAACAAGUGGAAGUCCUUCGUCGAAACGAGGAAGCCCUUCACUGGCUUCACCAUCUCAACUAGAUGCAGGAAGCCCACCCGCUCAGUCUGCAAGCCCUCCUCGCGUAUCCGACAUGUAUGUAACUUCACCUGCAUCGGGAAUCAGUGGUGCCACAUCACCUCCGCCUGGAUUACAUCAAAUGUCCUCAGACAGCCAAUAUUCGACAACUAACGAUGCAACAUCCAAUAUGGCAUAUGGCUUUGGGCAAAGCCAGGCACCACAUGGUUACCAAGCGAAUUCACAAUCCAUGAUGGCUCCUCCUCAGGGACAACAAGGGAUGUACGAUUUGCAAAAUUCCUUACAAAUGAAUGUGCCAGAAUUCUUCCAGCCGCCAUUACCAUUUGACGGCGAGCUGCUGCAGUCGAUGCAGUCGAUGUCAGAUUCGUCAGUCUGGCAAGGCAUGUCAGGCUUCAAUUGGAUGGGAAUGCUACAGUCGGCGGACCAAGAUACUGCUAUGCAAGAUGUUCUAGCACCAGGAAUGAUGACAUAUGACAUGGGGACAAUACAAUCCGAUGGGACUCAUUACCGGUGA